AUGCCACCGCCGGAGGAAGAGCUUGAAAAGCCCACCGGAGGAACCGACAUCUUGCGGGCGGCGGAUGCAGGUCGACACGAGGAAGCCAUCCAGUCUUUGCAAGAAGAUCCUCAAAGGAUUCAGCUUCGAGAUCGAGACGGUCUGACCUGCCUGCACCAUGCGGCGCGAAAGGGCCACAGCGCUUUGGCGAAGGAGUUGCUGCGCUACAGGGCCGAUCUCAAGGCACAGGAUCAGUGGGGCAUGACCCCGUUGCACCGCGCGGUGGCCAAAGGUCACCUACCGGUGGUCGAGCUGCUCCUGACGGCGCGCGCAGAGAUCCGUGCCAAGAAUACCCGAGGCCUCACAGCCUUUGACUUUGCCAGAGCACACCACGAUGGCAAAAUGACGCAAUUCUUGUCCAGCUUCUCGUCACCGGAGGCGUGA